AGAGAGAGUGUGUGUGGUAGAGAAAGAGAGAGAGAGAGAGAGAGAGAGAAUGUGUGUGUGUGUGUGUUUGCGAGGCCUUCCCCUGUCUAAAGCAAUCCCUGUGCUGUGCUGUUACGGAUGGUCUGUAAAUGGAGUGUAGGAGAUAUUCCACCCCGCGGACGGAUGUUUGGGGAAGAAACGGGAUUUUGUAAAAGGAAUCGCCAUUACAAGUCGGCACCAUGCCGGAUACCGACACUGAUUUGCCUGGGAAUCUAGGGACAUUGUAGCCUUCGCAGGCUCCUUUCGGAAUAGCCAAGCAAGCCGUUUUCAUUUUUCCGUCAUCCCGUUUGGCCUUUGUGGAUGAUGGAUGGCCGAGAUUUCGGCCCCCCCAGGUCUGUUCACGUCCCUCCGCCGCUGCUCUCCGGACUGGCCAUGGAGUCUCACCGGCUCGGCGCUGCCGCUGCGCCCGGGAGAGUGCCGCCGUCCCCCGGCCACUUGGGCGCGGGCCACCCGGCGCCUCUGCACUCGGGAAAAUAUCUCUCACCGGCCAUUAACAUACAGUCUCACCACAGUGAUGCCUUCCCAGGUGCCUCCAGCUUCCUUGGCGGCUACGUAGGUUCGUCCAAUCCGCACGCGGGUCCCAGCGAUCCUGCCUUCAGAUCACCCAAUCCAGCCAGCCUUCAGAUGGCCCAGCUCUGGGCUUCACAUUCUCAUGAAGGUUUCCCACACAUCCCCAGUGGUCUUUACCCCAGCCCCUACCUUCCUCUCGGUCACCUGGAGCAUCCACAGCUUGGUCAUCAUGCAGUGUACGACUCCCAGAAAGAGGGGUUUUACCUGCCGAGCUCCGUACACUCCCAGUCUGCCAUGGCACGGAGUCUGGCAGCACACAUACCCAGCUCCCUCUCCAGGGAGAAGGAGGUCAUGUCUCUUCACAAGAGCUCCAAAGAGUUGGGUAAGGAGCUAGGGAAGGACCUGAAGCAGUCCUGCAGGACCGAACAGGGCCACUCCGUCCAUCGAAGAGAACGGGAAAGGAGCCGAGACGAGCCACGACCGCACAGCGUGGUGGACCUCACCCAGGACGUUAAGGCAGAGGAUGAGCGACGAACGGGCAGCUCAGAACGGCUCGGCAAGUCAGCCGAGCACACGUGGCCUUUCUUUCAGCAGCACUCGCCCGUCCUCACUGCUGCAGACACCAAGCUCAAACACCCCCUCCAGCCCUCCUCGCUCAGCAACUGCAAGAGUGGCAGCAGUGGCAGUAGUGGAACGACGGCCAGGUACCACAGCGCAGAGCAGGAGAGGAGGGAGCGGGAUGACGAAAACGCCCGGCCUCCCAUGGACAAGCAGAAACGAGGUGACACAGUAGGGGCCACUUCACUCGGCACUUUGCAUUCUUCUUAUGCCAGCCCCUCCUCCCUUCAGAACAGCCCAGCCCAGCACCUCCCACCAAGGCUGGCAUCUUCCGGCACCUACCCUCCCCCUCACCACAUGCCAUCCGGCCUGUACCAGCUCUACUCGGCCGCCAAAGAGCCGCCAGCCAAGGAACACAGAGUGACCGCUCCCACUUACGUGCCUUCUGUUGAGGUUUACGACGAGCGGAAAGGACCGAUACAGAUCGCCUCGCAAGCUCGGGAUAACAAGGGCGACAAGAGCAGGGACAGGGUGCCCUCCUUGCAGGUAGGGGGUGAGAGGACACCUGUGGAAUAUGGACGCUCCUCUCUCAGGAACGAGUCCCCUCCUUCUCACGCAGAUAUCAAAAGAGACAUUGUACGGGAAGAGGGCUCUGUAAUCAGAGCCAAUAAUAUGUCCCUAAAAAGACCACCGCCCUCAGAUAUGUGUAUGAACAAAUCUAGCCACAGCCCAGAUGCCAGGGACUUAACAACGAGCGGCAUGCCCAAACACAUGAUGGAGAUGGAAGGCCGGAGCCAAGAACGUGAAAACGUCCAAAGGUCCGUCCACACGUUCUCUGGCCUGGACCCCACCUCUCUCCACUCGGCCGAGGCUAAGUGGAAGCCUUUCGAGAUGGGCAACUACGCCACCAGCCACAUGGCUGCUCUGGCAGCACAGCAUGCCCACGGGCCCAGGAGAGACGAGGAGGGGAAGCGCAUGUACCUUGACCCAGCAGCCACGGCCCGACCUGCGGGUAGCAGGUGCAGUCCAGAGUCCCAGGGUGAGGUUUCUGCAAUGCAGAGCCUCAUCAAAUACAGCGGGAACUUUUCAAAUGAGUCGGGCAACUCCAGGCAAGUCUCGGAUAGCCGCAGUCCGUUUGGCGGGCUGGGACACUUGAAGCUGGAGGCUGGUCAGCACGCAGGGUCCAAAGCUCAGCACCUGCCGCCCCAGCAACUGGGAAAACAAUUGAAGAGGGAGCCCGAGAGGCCUGAGAGCGCUAAAUCAUUUGGCCGGGACUCUUCUCAGGGCGAAGCCGAAGUUCGACACCCUCCAGUAGGCAUCGCAGUAGCUGUGGCUCGGCAGAGAGACAACAGCAGCAAGCCCAGCUCCGUAUCGGAACGAGACAGACCCAUUCUGGGUGGAGGCAUCAAAGGCCCAGGCCACAAGGAAGAGGAGCAAGGAGAUGAGCGAACGCAUCACCGCGAUGACCGACUUCUGUCUGGACGUCUGGAGCGAGAUCAGGAGAAAGUGUUGAGAGAGAGUAAGGAGCUGGCGGAGUACACUCAGAUGCAUCCUCCCAUGGUGUCUGCGAGUGUACUGAACCCUAACCUGAUGGUGACUGGUGGACCCACGCUAGCAGGCUCGGCCCGCUGGCCUGCUGACCCUACCUCCCAUCUAGCAUCCCACCCCUGGCUGCCCCGCCCAGGAGCUUCCUCUAUGUGGCUGCCUGGUUCUCCAUACGGUCUGGGACCCCCUACUCUCCACCAAGCCCUGCCUCCAGGAUACCCCCCCACCCUGCCUGGAUCCAUACCUCCACCCUACCAGUUCGCACGGGACUCCCAAACCGGACAGCUGGUCGUCAUUCCCACAGAGCACCUUCCACACUACACGACGGAGAUGUUGGAGCGCGGACCCCCGCUGUGGUCAGCGGUGUACCCGCCAACAGGCAGCACUCUACAGCACGCCCACCAGCUGCAGCUCCUCUCCCACCAGCAGCUCGUGCGCCAACAGGAGCUUUACAUGAUCCAGCAGCAGGCCGCCCAGGUCAUGGAACUGCAGAGGAACGCACAGUUUGUGGAGAGGCUUAAAGAACAGCGGGCUGAUCUGGAGGAUAAAGCAGAAAAGCGAGGAGGAGAAAGUGCGAAACCUCCAGUCCUGCACUCCCGCAGAACAUCCCCACGCUCCCCGACUCCAUCCACAUCCUACAGGAAAACCCUGACGCCUCUGCCGGUCACGCCGCUCCCCUCCCCUGUUACUGCCCUGAAAUCAGAGGACAGGUCUAAAGGGGACGGCUCCCUGUCCCAACAGUCCUACUCCCACCCAUCUACCCCUGCCCCACACCCGGCCAGCCCUGCCUCUGCCUCGCCCCCUCCUCCCUCACCCAUCCGCCCCAAACAGGAGACCGUGGAGGUGCCUGAGAAGGAGGUGCUGGACCUGCAGAAACAGUCGCCUGCUUCCUUCCCUGCAUCCAUAUAUCCUGAAAUUUCUCCUGGCUACUCGUACCAAUCAAUAACAGCGCCGUUCAGCAGCCAUUACUCCUACCUCCUCCAGCCGGCUGCGGCUGCCGCAGCUGAUGCAGACGGUCUCGCUCCAGCUGUGCCGCUGCAGGCCGAGGCGUCUGAGCACUUGGCCGGGUCGGCUGACGUCAAGCCUAGGCAUUUAUGCUCUCCAGCGCCGGCAGAUGCUCUUCAGGCUUCCAGAGAACCCGAGCCCAUGGAGGACUGCGGUGUGCCGUUCAAGGAGGAGCCGUGCCUGGAGGACAGCAAGGAAGGCCUUUCCCAGGAUGGCUGUCGGCAGCCUAUUCACUCCAGCCUGGUUUCUCCAAUCCCAAACCACCAGGACUUGAGUGUUCUUGCUGAUGCAGAGGCAUGCUCUAGGACAGUUCCUUCCCCAGCACCAUCAGAGGAGAUUGAUGAUGAUGAUGAAGAUCAAGAAGAAGAAGCAGACCAAGACCAAGAUAACAAACUGGAUCUCUCCUCCUCCGGGCAUUUAGGGGUGUUGUACCAAAUAUCAGGACGGGACUCAGAGAGAAGACCUGCAGUGGAAGCUGCAGAGAGUUUAACCAGCCUUCCAGAGCCUGCCUAUGCAUUAUCCACAAUCUAUCCUGACCAUAAACCAAUGGAUUAUGACGUUCACACUCACAGUCCCUCAGAUUUGCCUUCAGUUCACACAAACACUAGGCUCAUUGAGGUGCAUCAGCUCCAGAAACCCACCUCUGACCCUUCAGAAGACCUGGAAUUGGAGUCAUCAUCAUCAUCAUCAUCAUCAUCAUCAUUAUGUGACAAUCUGCCCAUACCCCUCACUCACCAGCCUUCCCCCGCAUCACUAACCAUGAUACCAGAGGAUCCUAUGGCUGGCAUGCUCGCCCUGGUCACAGCUAGUGAGCUACCCCAGGCUGGAGCCCUCGCCCUCAACAUCAACCUGACAGACAUGCCCUCUUCUGGAGCAGCGAGCUGUCCAGGCAUCAGCCUCCUCGAGUCCAGCGCAGCCGAGGGCAUGGCCCUCCUCAGCCAGAUGGCUGAGCUGGAGAUGCAAAGGCACCAAAUCGACAUGGCGCAGGGCAUAAUGCACUGUGGAUUAGAGAGCCUUCUGGAAGCUGGCAGACAAGUGCUCCUGGAGGCCAUCGAGUGCCAACCUCCAGUCAGUAUCCGCCUCCCCAGAGAACUGGACCCAAACAAGAAAUACAGCUGGAGACAGAAGAAGGAUGAACCUAUGUUCUCCAAAUCCUCUCUGGAGGGGAUGGAUGCCAUGGAGGUGGACUAUCGCGUGAGACUGGCUGAGCUGCAGCAGCAAUACAAAGACAAGCAAAGAGAGCUGAUCAGACUGCAGAGACGGAGAGACAAAGUAGAGAAGCUGCAGCUCCAGCAGCAGCAUGAAGAACGGAACAGGAACCUGGCCAGGAGAGGCCCAGGCCGGCCCCGAAAGCGUAAGCAUGGCCUGUGCUCUCUGCCUUCACCCAUAGGCAAGCUGGACACCAAGUGUGAAAAGCUGGCCAGGAGCUCGCUGUACUCUGAGGACUCUGAGAGCGGAGAGGUGCUGAGGAAACGCUUCAGAGUCUCCAACCGCGAGGAGGACGAGGAUGAGGAGGCAGACGCCAGCACGUCCAGGCCAAAGAGCAGGAGCAAGAGCUGGAAUGGGCAGGAAGCUUCGUCCAGCUACUCUCAUGAGGUACCUAAAUCGGGCAGUAAAAAGAACCGAGUGAGUGAACAGGAGCAGCUGGCUUCAAAGCUGGACAAGGCCUUGUCCCUCACGAAGCUGAGUAAACUCAGCAAGGUCUCAUGUAAGUUUGUGGAAGGUUCCUCAGGGAAGUCCAAGGCUACCUCUGGGAGCAGGCACCCCGUUCACCCGGACGCAGAAUCCAGGAACAAGAUGGUGAAGUCCGGCCUGUCCAAAGACCUGGGUCUGUUUCACAAGUCCUCCAAAGGAGGUAAAAGUAAAACGGUCACCAAGUCGAAGCCUUCAGAAGCAUGCCUUAAAGGGAAAGGCCAGCGCAAGUCCUCCUACUCGCCCAUGAGGUCAGAGAUCAGCAGCUACUCCAACAACACCGAUUCGGAGGAGGAGGAUUCCGUGAAGGAGGGCUGGCCACAUCGCUCGGUUUUGGGCAGACCGGGGUCAGCCGCGGCACAGAUCUCGAGCUUAUGCAGCACUCCGUCCAAGAAGAAACGCCCGUCUUCCAAGAAAGCUUCUCUAUCAUCAUCGUCCUCUUCAAUCAAGACGAAGCAGGCAGCGAAAGAGAGGAAACAGAAGCACUUUGCUUUAUUGCUGCAGGAGGCAGGAGUCAGCUCCUCUGAGGACUCAUUUGAUCAAGAGUACUACGCAGAGAGGGACGAUUACGAGGAUGAAGAUGAUGAAGAUGAUGAUGAGGAGUACGAGCACGAGCUGGACGAGAGUGACGGUCUGUGCUCUUCCUUGCUGGAGGAGAGUGGGUUGGGCCUGCUGGCUCGGUUCGCUGCCAGUGCCAUCCCCAGUCCCAUCACCUCCAGCCCCCUGUCCCUCGUUCAGCUGGAGGCCAAACAGAAGGCCAAGAAGAAGGAGGAGCGGCAGAGCCUGCUAGGCACAGAGUUCGAGUUCACUGACUCAGAAAGCGACAUCAAGAUCCGGAAGUUUCCGUCUCUUCUCCACGGCAAGAGAUCCACUCCGGAGCUCCCUCUGCUGCCCCCGGCCAGCGUGCUGCGCGAGGAGUCCAGCCCCAGCAAGCGCGGCCGCAAGCCCAAGAAGCCCAAACCUCCACCCGAGCUCUGCUUGGAGUUCCCGGCCGACGGCAGCGACGAAGAGCGCUGGACCCGCCGCAGGAGCGAGCGCAUCUUUCUCCACGAUGCUGCCCAGUCCACCCCCCUCUCCCCCUCCAAACCAACUCCACCCAAAGUGGCUCGCGUCCCCAAAACAUCUCCUCAGGGCCUCAAGGAGCUGCCUAAGGCCAAGGAUGCUAAAGUACUGGGGAAGAAGAAGAGGUUGAAGGAGAGCCCGGUGCGUCUGCCCUUGGCCCAGUUCACCAGCACUCCCACAGAGAGCAGCACAGCACCCCCUGUCAGCCCGGGUCGCAAGAGCAAGGUCAAGCCGCCCAAAGCCCGAGAGCAGGUUCGGGGAAAGGGUGGUGCUGUUAGUAAGCUGAUGGAGAGCAUGGCAGCUGACGAGGACUUUGAACCAAACCAGGACAGCAGCUUCUCAGAGGACGAAAAUCUCCCUCCCAGCGCUCAGCCAGAGAGACCCUGCACUCCUGCUCCUCGUAACUGUGUGAUAGACAAAGAUGAGCUGCAGGAUGGACUGCGUGUGCUCAUCCCCAUGGAUGACAAGCUGCUGUACGCCGGCCACGUCAACACCGUCCACUCACCUGACAUAUACAGCGUGGUGGUUGAAGGCGAGAGAGGGAACAGGCCUCACAUCUACUGCCUGGAGCAGCUGCUGCAGGAGGCGAUUAUCGAUGUAAAGCCCCCCUCUGUGAGGUACCUGCCCCAGGGGACGAGGAUCGCAGCCUAUUGGAGCCAGCAGUACCGCUGCCUGUACCCCGGCACUGUCGUCAGAGGGAGCCCCGACGCGGACGAGGCGGACGACUUGAUCACGGUGGAGUUCGACGACGGGGACACCGGACGCAUCCCGCUGUCACACAUUAGGCUGCUCCCACCGGACUACAAGAUCCAGUGUGCCGAGCCGUCUCCUGCCCUCUUAGUGGCCAGCACUAAAAGGCGUGGCAGGAAGUGCAGUAAGGAUGUUUCAGAGAGCAAAGAGCCAGUCCCUAAAAGCCCAGAGGAUCCUGCUCCAAAGAGCAAAGGUCGAGGGAGAAAACCCAAACCCAAGCCUGAGCCUGAAGUGGCUCCAAAGGAGCACGAAAAAGCUGACGCAUCAGCGCCCACUCAGGUCCAGGAGAGGCCCCUGUCUGCCCAGAAAAGCAGCUCGAAGCCAGCCAAUAAGAUCCAAUCACCCAGCGUGAGCAGCCCCUCCAUGCCUGUAACCAACGAAAGCCAGAAGAAAACCGCGAUUGGAAAGCCCCCAGCCAAAGUGCGCUCCCAAUCCCAGCCCCAAUCCAUCUACUCAUCAGCACUUUAUGGAAAAGUUCUGUCUGUGGAUCUUUAUAACGACCCUUCUGCGUCACUCGCUUCCUUUAUGUCCACCAAUGAGGGAGGAAAAGCAAAGUCUGUUAAAAAAGUGCGGAAAAGUGAAGAUGAUGGAGCGGGGUUUGGGAUUAAAACCCAACGCAAGCAGCCGCAAACUGAGAUCCUGAUCAAAUUGGACCACGAGGGCGUGAUGUCCCCCAAGACCAAGAAGACCAAAGCCCUGAUGAUGAUGGAGGGCCAUCAGAACACUGCUAAGAGAGAUCCCACCAACAAGGCUGUAAUGGGUGUCGGCUACACUACUGUCAAUGCAACCUCCACCACUACCACCUCCUCUACUAACCCUGCAGAAAAACCCCUGAAACCCAAACCCAAAGUCAAACAAGAGCCUGAAGCCGUCAGUGUGGACAGCAACAUGUCCACCUACAGCAUCCGCAAAAUGGGCAGCUCAGCCGAGGGCAUGGUGAAGGUUAAAAGCUCUGGAGAAAAGAAGGAGAAGAAGAAGGAGGCUCAGCCUGCCAGCUGCAGCAGCAGCAGUAGCAGCAGCUCCGAGUCCGAGGGAGAGGAGGAGCGUAGGAACGUUCCAGAGAAGAAGAAGGCCAAGCAAGACAGCAGCUCCCCCAGCUCCCGGGCCUCCAGCCCCACCUCCUCCAGCUCCUCCACCAGCAGCUCUUCUUCAUCAGCUGGAUUCAACUCCUCCUCCUCCUCUUCAUCCUCCUCCACCACCAGUGACGAGGAGUCCUCCUGCAGCUCAGACGACGAAGCUCCAACCACUGCUCCUCAGCCCUCCUCUCCUCAGGAAGAGGCUGCUCCUCAGGACGAUAGGGACGAUGAAGACGAAGAAGAAGACGAAGAGGAGGAGGAGGAUGAGGGGCAUGAGCAUAUAGAGGUGAAGCAGGAAGUGAAGUCAGAGACCCCGGUCACUCCUACCAACGCCAAGGUCCAGAAACAGCAGGAUCCUCCCAAACAGCAGCAGAAGCAACAGAAACAGCAGCAGAAGGUGAAGAAGAGCGUGGGCCGGCCGAAGAAGAGGGAGGGAAUCCACCUACCCACUACUAAAGAGCUGGCCAAGAGGCAGAGACUGCCCUCUGUGGAGAACAGGCCCAAGAUCUCCGCCUUCCUGCCGGCAAGACAGCUGUGGAAGUGGUUCGGCAAGCCGACACAGAGACGGGGGAUGAAGGGCAAAGCGAAGAAGCUCUUCUACAAGGCCAUCAUGCGUGGGAAGGAAAUGAUCCGCAUUGGAGACUGCGCUGUUUUCUUAUCCGCUGGACGACCCAAUCUCCCGUUUAUUGGUCACAUCCAGAGCAUGUGGGAGUCCUGGGGAAACAACAUGGUGGUCCGUGUCAAAUGGUUCUACCAUCCAGAGGAGACCAACCCUGGAAAGAAACUUCAUGAUAAAAAGAACUGGGAUCAGUUAUCUGGGAGGAGUCUCCCUGCUGUUCUACAAGCCUCCAGCCAGAGGAAAGACUUUAUGGAACGGGCUCUGUACCAAUCAUCUCACAUCGAUGAGAAUGAUGUCCAGACCAUCUCCCACAAGUGCUUGGUGGUCAGCCUGGAGCAGUAUGAACAGAUGAUCAAAACCAAGAAGUACCAAGACAGCGAGGACCUCUACUACCUGGCCGGCACUUACGAACCCACCACCGGAAUGAUUUUCAACACUGACGGGGUUCCCGUCAUCUGCUAAGGAGGGCUCUUCACACCAUGCUCCUGAAUGUUUCAGCUCAGCAAGAGAGAAAAAAGAAGAGUCGCAGCACAAGAUUGAGCUUAAAUCUUCCAGCAAGAUUUUUGGACAAGGGCUAUAAGAUAGAUGAGAUAGUUGUUGAAGCCUUAAAUGGAUCUCCUCCUGGUUUUUAGUAGGUUUUCAGAGAGAGAGAAGUUGUGGUGAAGCUACUUGCAGGCCCAGAGUCAGAGGACUGAGGCUUUGUGAGGGCUGAUCUCAUCCUCAUCACAAAAUUAAAAAGCACUUCUAAAGGAGUGUAAGGCAGCUCAUGAUCAAUAUCAGUCAGUAUUGUUAAAGUACGUGCAUGAGGAAGCUUUGAAGAAAGCUUGGAUCGUGAUCGUGAUCAUGGUCAUGGUCAAGAAGAUGGAUGUGUCUAAGCAGUUAAAGGAGCCUAGAUUGUUCUAGCUCUGAAACAGUGAUGCAAGCGUGGUGGACAAAUCAUAGCCUUGGUUUCUUGGUUUUCUAGUAAGCUCUAUUUUGGACAUAAAAGACAAUUCGUCAUAAAAGACAAAAGUGUCUAAAGAGUUGUGAAUUGUCUCGUUGAGGUCAUGUGCAUCUGCAGAGCUACAGCUGAGCUCCUGAGUCUCCAGCUCUCAGCAGCAGUUCUGGAACCGAGGCGAAGCGACACAGUCCAGUGGGACUGAGUCUGUCGGGUGAUGGCUAGCUGAUGGGAGGGGCCAGCCUGCUGGCUGAUUGGCUGACUGGCUGCUGGAAACUGGGCUUCGGGGGGCGAGGGACCAGCUACUGAAGGAAGAGAUUCAGACUGACAGUGAAUGUCACACUUGCUACUUCAGUCCAUCCAGAGAUGCUAUCUGUACCCGUACCAGCCACUCCGCUGUCCACCGACCUCCUGGUAAUUUAAAAAGGAGGAAAAAAGAAUGAAAAAAAAAACGUGCUGCAGUUUAACAGGGUGACUGUAGACCAGCUAAUGAACUUGGACAGCUGCAUCAAGCCCAGACUCUUAAAGCUGCAGCCCGCCCGCACUGACACCUCCACACCAGGACAUGUAGGGGAACAAUCUGAAGCACUUACAAGAAAGAAGAAGAAAAAAAAAAAAAAAACGAACAGUAAAUGAACAGUCUGCCACAGUCGGCUCACGCCCCGUAGACAGGUCUGUGGUCUCUGUUGUGCCGGAGCUGCCCGAGCUGUUCCUGCACUCCGCACUGUUUAUUCACAGGAAAGUGUGAGUCACUUUUCCAACAGGCAGCCCAAAAGAUCUAUCAGAAUAUUUAUACGGCCCUGUCCUCUCAACCAGCGAGGCAGAAAGGGCUCUUUGUACGACUCUCGGGCUGCCGUGCUCUCAAACCGUGUUGUACAGAUAGCUGCGUUUGUAAAUACAUAGACGUACACUCUAAAUAUAUAUAUAUAUAUAUAUACAGUAUAGACCCACAUUUUAUUUUCGUGUACCAUAGAUUUAUGUGAAAGUACUUUUUUAAAAGUGGUAAAAGAGUAAAAAAAAGAAAAGAAAGCUUUAAUAAAACUGUGAAUAAGAUUGAAAUUAAGUGAACAUCAGGAAGAGAAAAAAGUUUUAGAUUAUUAUGAUUUGAUGGUUUCAGAUCUCAGAUUAUGGAAUUGUUGAAAAAAGUUUUAAAAAGUCAUCUCAGACGCCCACUACAUUUGACAUUGCGCAAUGUAAUAUUUGCGUUAUAUAAAGAUAUUGAGGAUACUAUUAUACAGGAUAGUACCUUUUACAGGUUGUGUGUUCAGAACCAGUUGUCCAAAAUAUUGCAUUGCAGUUAAAAAAAAAAAAGGAAAGAAAAAAACAACAGAAAGCACUUAACUUCCUUUAACUCUGCCCUUCCUGUCUGUCUUUGGACGGAUUUCCUUUGACAAUCCCCAACUUAGAAUCAUGUAUUUCAGGUGUGUUCUUUCUGCUAAAUGUGCACCUGAGUAAAUGAGUAUCUGACUGACCACCACCGCCACCAUUACCAUCACCUGAUCAGGUUUAGUUAUUAUUAGCUCAAUGCUAAUAAUAAAAUGUAACCCUUGACAGACAUGUCCGUGAACAUCUGCUUUGCUUUCUGUGUUCCUUUACGAUAUUUCUCUUUUUUUUUCUUUCCUACUUCUUUUGUUUUAUCCUUCCUUAAAAAGCAUUCCUGUUCUCCCUUGCCCAAAUCUGUCCUCUCAAAAAAAAAGCAGCAAUGAAAGCACUUUGUUAAAUAUGCGAUAUAUAUAUACAUAUAUGCGACAAGCUAAGCAGCCCAGCCCAGCAGCACAGGCACAAAAAAUAUUAUUAAUCAGAGUAUGUGGGGUAUUAGAAGCCCUCAUUCUGCUGGAAGCUGCUGUAAUUUUCUAUUUCCGUAUCCGUGUGGUUCUGCCUAGUUAAUAUUUGCAAUAUAUUUGCUCGCCCACGUCUCUCCCACUCUCCAAUUCCUCCCAUUCCUGCAUCCUGCUGGUAUAUUGGUCUACAGCCUUAAUAGCCUUAACCUCGGUCCCCAGUGGCUGCGUAAUGUUGGCCCAAUCACACGGUUUGAAUGUUGCUCUUUGUAAAUAGGUCUUUCUGAUUGAUAUUGUAUUCCAAAGAAAGCGUCAUCACUCACCAGAGGCACUCGUACGCCGACCCAGGACCAGGCCGUUUUUUUUUUUUUCUUUGGGCACUGCUCCUCUAAUCAAGACCAAUCAAAUGUAUUUGAUUUCUGGCAUCGUUAUGUGCUGAGAACAUUUUCAGACUAGCAAACACUCAUGUUUAUUUUGUUCUUGUUUGUUUUAUUUUGUUUGAAUGUUUUAUUGUGGGGUUUUUUUUAUCAUUGUGAUUUCUUUUCCGUUUGUCUUUUAUCUGUGCCUCCUCUUGUCGUUGUGUUUCAAAGAAUGAAUGUCGUCUAAUGUCUAAUUGUAAGACAUGUUUUUAUAUACAGUCUGAUGCGUAUAUUUUGUGUUUGAUACUGGGUGGAAAAAAAAGUGUUCCUUGAGAGCCUGUGUGUGUCGAGCCUUUUAGGAUGAGGUUUUGAUGGGGGUGUUGAGUUUCGUUCUUUUUUUCUUUUUACUCCUGUUUUAUUAAGUAACCGGUUCCAGCUGUAGUGUAGGUCUACCCACCAAUCUGAGCCACUGACAGAUAUUUCCUCUGAAUUCUAGCCUGUCAUUAUUGGGGGAAAUUCAGAGCGUACAGUUUCCCUUCCCUCACUCUUUUAACCCUUUCAACCCUGGUGUUUAUUAUUAAAUAAUUCAUACUUACACAUAAACAGAUUUUUUUUUGCAUCAGUUUGGAUUAGCCGGUCUUGUGGAGUCCCACCAGGCUCUAUCUUAGGGUCUGUGAAACUGAUGUUGAUGAUUACAACAGUGAUGAUUUAAAAAGUGAACAAAUAUUGGGUACAAUGGCAGAUUAACUAUCUAGCCAAUGCGUUUCAUUGCCAUAUUUCUUAUAUCUCCCUUUUCUUCCAUUUGCUCACCAUAAUCCGUCUUUGCUGCUUUGCUGUUUUUAUAAUUCAGCCAUAUAUACAGAUAUACAGUAAAAGUUUUAGAUUAGUCCCGGCUUUUAAAUGUGCAUCAUUACAUGCCUUAACUCUUAUCAUUUGUCUACAUCAACUCCGUUGCUUUUGGCCAAACUGCUAUUUCAGUAGUUUUCAUUUUCUUUUUUUUUUAUUUAAAACAUCAGCUGUUUUUCCGUUUUUUUUUUUUUUUU